AAGACCUUCCAGUUGCCUUGACCCGCAACUAUCGAAGGCAUAAUGCUCAAUCUAAUCGAGAUUGACAGAUCUCCUAAGUAUACUAAACAUUAAAUUAUGUUAGGGCAUAGUAUCUUAGACAUUUCUCGAGUGCUAUCUUGAUCACAUAGGCAAGCGUAGAUAAACGGCCGUUGUUCCGCUGUGUUGUGGCAGUGAACUGUUGGCCAUCAUGGAGGAAACAGAGGCUGUGGAAGAAGAUCGUCCGUCUCAUUUGAGGGCUUAUGUAACUGUUCUAGCUGCAAGCCUCCUCCACAUGUCUUCUGGGGCAGUGACGGGAUGGUCAUCUCCUAUCCUUCCAAAGCUCAACCUCACCAGCAAUGAGCAAAGUCUUGUUGGCUCUCUGUAUUCCCUUGGUGCUGCUCCAGGACCUUUCAUCAUCACUUUUGGUAUAGACACCAUCGGCAGGAAGGGGACUAUCUAUGUAUUCUGGGCAUGCUUUCUGUUGUCCUGGAUUAUCUUAGUCGCUUCUCAGAAUCUGUAUGUUAUCUACGUCGCGAGGCUGAUCGGAGGUAUAGGCGUAGGAGGUGCAAGUGCUGGUAUACCGGUCUACAUCUCUGAAAUAGCUCUUCCAGAGAUCCGAGGUAGCCUUGGAGCUAUGAGCCUUCUAGCUUUGGGCUUUGGAACUCUGGUCAUGUUCGGGUUCGGUCCUUACAUCACAUAUACCAGCCUGGCUUUGUAUGGUCUUGCAAUGGCUGCUGUUUUUGGAGUGUUCUUUUAUUUUGUUCCGGAGUCACCCUACUAUUACUGUAAGAAAGGAAGAAGGAACGAGGCUCAAUAUGCAAUUCAAAAGUUAAGAGGCUACAAGACUCAGGAGAAGCUUGAUGAAGAACUGGCUCAAAUUGAAAGAGCCAUUUUGUUUGAAAAAGAGAAUGCUAGCAGCUUUCUGGAAGCCAUCAGACAACCUGUGGCAUUGAAGGCAUUAGGCAUUGGAAUUUUUAUUGUGGCAAUACAGCAGUCCCAAGGAGUGAAUCCUAUAAAUGCUUACAAUCAAAUGAUUUUUGAGCAUGCCCAGCUAAACUUCCCUGCCAGCUAUGUACCAGUAAUCUAUUUAUUUAUCGGAACGGCAUUUUUAAUCCUGCCGGUAUUGAUGAUCAACAAGUGUCUUGGAGUAAAAACUGCCUACAUAUUGUCAGGAUUUGGGACCAGUAUCUCGUUGGUUCUCCUAGGUGUAUACUUUUACAUGAUUAACAGCGGAGGAGUAAAUAUGCAUGAUUAUAGUUAUAUCUCUGUAGUGUUCCUUACACUGUUGUCACUAUUCAGUCAUCUAGGUAUUGCACCCUUGACCUGGCCAAUAGUUGCUGAGAUCCUGCCACUGUCAGUAAAAGGAGUGUGUACAGGGAUCUGUGGCUGCAUUAGCUCUCUCAUCGGAUUUCUUUACUUGGCAAUGUUUCCCAAUAUAGCUCAAGAUUACGGAUAUUCCACUGACUUUUUUGGGUUUGCAGCAAUACUGUUUGUCUCUACAACAAUAGCCAUAUUCAUCAUACCAGACACAACUGGAAAGACUCUACAAGAAAUUCAGGAGCUUCUUGCAGAAUGAAAAAUGUUAAAAAUGAAUUGAAAAAGUAAUUCCUCAUAUAGAGGAACAUUGUUUGACUUUUAAUAUUUCACUAAAUAUCCAUUUUAAAUCUUAAAUAAUAGUGUACAAAUAAAUAUACUGUACAACAAGUAGUGUAGAUAAUAAAACUGACAGUGAGCAGAAAAGUGAAAUAAAUGAGAUUAGUGGGAAUCACAUUAUUGAAAUUCACAAAAAAUUAGUUCAAUACGAUAAACAGAAAAUGUUUUAAAUUAUUAU